AUGUAUACAAAAUGCUGCUUUCCCCGCCAUUCCUCGUUUCUCCACAGAUCAUCCACCCUGGAGAAAUACAACCUGCUCAUCGUCGCCGAUGCGACAGCAUCAAUGCAAGAUUUUCUUACAUCGUUGAAUACCUCUCUUCCUCGGAUUAUCUCCAUCUCCGCCCUGGCCAGCUGCUUCUCCCGACUGGGAGUGAUCGCGUACCGUGACUACACAGACCGGGAAGAGCUAAUCAAGUUUUCUCUUGGCCUGUCCCCAACACAAGAGUCUGCAAAUCAGCCGGAUGUCAUCGCAUUCACCAAAUCACUGGAGGCUGGCGGCGGCGGCGACUACCCAGAAGCCGCAAAGACAGCGUUGGCCGAGGCGUAUUCUCUGAUGCGACCGGACGCAAAGACGAUACCGUAA